CAGGCUUGGAGAGCGCGCGGCCGGUCAGCUCCAGACACGGCACGGACGACAGGCGGCGCUCACCAGACAGAAGAAGCGUGUUCCCGGGACCGGACGGUCAGCGUGCUGGCGCACAGCAGCUCAGUCAACCGCUGCUCAAACGGCAGCAAGGGUCUGGUCAGUUUCGGAGCGGAUUUCUAGCAGCGUUGCCAGAAGCCGUCAAAGUCGCAGAGAUAAACUCCGUCGGGUGUCCUUGGGAGAGCUUCAGUCCGACGUCACGGACAUCAUCGCUGAGAAAGCUCACUGGACGCAUUGACGAACUUCGCUGGUGACACCACUGAAGAACUCCAGUAGGAACAUCACUGCCGGACGUCACCGGUGACACCGCUGCCGGGCAUCACUACACAUUCCUGCAGCCGCGCAAGAGGAAGUCAUCCCGCCCGAAGCCACGCCGAGCAGCAGGAUCAGGGUUUUUUAGUCUGAAGUUACCCAGAAGUGUUCCGGCAUCAGCUUGCAUGGCAUGUCGCGACGACAUGAACCUGCAUUCCAGACCCCGCGUCACCAGAAAGGCUCAGCUGGCUCGCGCGCUCUUCGACAACCCGUCCGAGUGUGCCGGGGAGCUGGAGUUCCGGCGGGGCGACCUGCUGACGGUGCUGCAGUCAGCGGCCGCGCCGCCGCCCGGCUGGCGGCUGUGCUCGCUCCGCGGCCAGCAGGGUAUCUGUCCCCGGAACCGUCUGCUCAUGUUGACCGAAGCAACGGACGCAGACUUUCACAGCAACUCGCACCUGGUGCGAAGCGGUAGCCUUCGUCUCGCCAGCUCAUCGCCCUCGAGGCCAUCUCCAAGAUGGAGCAUAUCCAGUCUGCCCGGCCCACUCAUGACUUGCCGAGAUCACAGUCCCGACGUGUACGACAUCCCACCAAGCCCGCGACCCAUCCAUGCCGCGGCUGCCGGUCAGGACUACGACGUCCCGCGGUCCGGUCGGAACCACGCCGCUCCCUCCUCCCCCGACCGCAGCCAAUCCGUGCGGAAGACCCGGGUCGCCGCCCCCGGGCUCCCCUCCGAUCUCCUCUGGAGGUCGGCCCCAGUCUCCGCCGCUCCCGCCCCUCCUGACCACCCUCGCCGAGAAGCACCAGUCCGCUCCUCCUCUCUGGAGCGUGGCCAGCUAGCGGCGGCGCCGGACGAAAGACGGGAGCUGCCCGGCGCGCAGAGGUCGUGGCCACACGAUGGCGCCGAGCAGACCUCACGGGGUCAUAACCCGGCACGACCCACCGGGUGUGGCGCGGCAGAUGUGUUCGGCGCGGCCGAAUCUCAGAACCCGCUAAAGGCCUCUCCGCUUCAGCACGGGACGCCACUCUCGCAAGCUCGUCAUGGCCCUGGCGCUCCGCAGGCAGCUUUGCGCACAGCCGGGAUUGAAACAGCGAGAGGCUUAUCCCGAGCCCCGCAGGCACCUGAACGCACAGCAACAAUAGACCACUCUGUCGACUGGACAAGUGGCCAGAUCAAUGCCACCGGUGGCUUGAGCGUGCAUGGCGCAAUUCGCAACCGGUUAUCAUGUGUGCGAUCGCCAUCAGCGCGGCAGCACUUCACCGAGAACGUCACCGGCUGGGAAACGGAGAUUCCCACUCCGUCCGAGAGAUGGCGGGGCGAUCAGCCUGCUGUCGCUGCAAACGACUCUGCCUCACAUCGGACCGGCAGUCUGCACAGUUCGGACUCCUCGCUGUCGUCCAGCGCCGGCGAGUGGAAUGUUCUGCCGCUGGCGGUGGCUGCCUGCCGGGACACGCUGCACGCACUGGAGAGCGAGGUGCUAGCCGCUGUUAGCCGCCUGCUCGCAGGGGUACGCCGGCCGGGCUCGCCCGCGGCGACGGUGCUGACGCUGCAACUGGACGUGACGCGGCUGCGUGAGGCGCUGCUCGAGCUGGUG